CUUUGACGGCCCCGGAGCCGGUUUCCGGCCCUCGACUAUGUACCAUAGGCUGUCAUCGAUUGCACAAGGCGUAUGGCGACACUACCACGUCCCGUGGGACCAACCGCUUUCCAGUCCAACGCAAGUAGCACCAGUAUGGCCCAUGUCCGACAUUCACGGCACGGUGCCGUUCCACGCGUGGUCCAAGGAGCACGUAAAGUACAUGUGCGUCAAGACGCCACAACGCAAGAAGCCUCAUCCGAUGAUUACACCCAACCGCCCAUCCGACGAGGCGAUUAUCGACUACCUCAAGCGCGUACGUCGACUCCGUCCGUGGGGCAUGCCGGUCCAGUACGACGUCUGGUUCCGCGCGAUGAUGAACAUCCUCCCCACGGGCUCCAAGUAUCGCUUCAUGGAAACGAACGGCCCAGACGCUACCAAGUGCCCAUACGCGCGUUGCCAGUCGCUCGAAACACCACGUCAUGUCCUCCACGAUUGUAUCUGCGUGCGUGCCCUUUGGCAGGCCCACCGCCCAGCGUGGCGGCCGCUGGGAGUUGAUCUUUCGUGGGACAUGUGCAUGGACAUCGACUUGAUCGAGCCGCCAGCGCACCUCGCCAACCUCAAAGAGACCAUCGUCCAACUGGCGAGUAGUCUCAUCAUGAUCGUCGUCCACAAGUUGUGGAUGCACCGCAAUACCGUCGUGCACCAAGACGCGGUUGGGCCUCAGAUCGCAAGGAUGGUGUACGAGACCGUGGUCCAGUGGUCCGGCUUUGUCCGGACGGCUCUACGUGACCCAGAUCGGCCACUCCACAGCAAGGUCCACAUCACGACGAUUGUGGCUCUUCUCUGCGAUGACAACAUGUACGCAGAAGUCCAGGCCCACAACGACAACAUCUUCAGCUCCCUCGCGCUUCCUCGCCGACUUCCACGCACUGUCGCUGCGGAGCUCGACGCACUCAACUAG